AUGUCUAACCUCAAUCACCCACAAUGCCAGAGCACAGAAACCUUCACACAUAAAGUUCUGCCCCAUCAGCGGCGCUCAUCUUCAUCGCAGACACCUGUCCUGAAGACUGAAGAGAUAAGCUCAGGUGAGACUGUCAUUGCUGUUGUGAUUUGUCAUGCACUUUGCUAUGUGAAAUUCCUGACAGACAUGGAGACCUCCGUUGAACAGGCUCGCUGGGUUUCCUCCUCCAUGGUAUCAUCAGAGGUGAUGCCCUCUUACCCGACUGACUCCAGUUAUAUGGUCCACACUGAAGAGGGUUUGAUGUUCCCCUGCAGUGAUGCCGAUUACAGCAGCCUGCCCUCUUUGUUCAGCAGCCCGAUCCAUGGCUGUCCAUCUGGAGCUUUUCAAAACAGCCCAGUAUAUCCUGUUUACUCCUCUCCAUUCCUCGGAAACCUGUCCUGGCUGGAAAGUUCUAACAGCCCCGCUCUAACCAACCUCUUCCCAUCAUCCCCAUCAUCCUGGCACAGCAGUGCGUUUUCUAAGACGUCCUCGUCAUCCUUCCACGGCUCCACGGCUCUCUCCUCUGCCAGACCGCCUCGUUCUACCCUUCACUCCCCUAUCCAGCACCAAAAGGAGACCUUUGGUGUGCAGGAGAGCGUGAAAGGAGAGAGGCUGAGUCCUCCUGGAGGUGGGGAGGCGUUUGGCGGUGUGUUUCCCCCCUCAGUGAGUGACUCUUUAAAAACACACUCGCAGUCACUGCCCCACUACAGUCCCUACGGGAGCUUCACGCAAGACUACAACGGUUCACUUCUCUACACACCCUCGUCCUUCUCACCCAAAUUAUGCAGCAAGAUGACAUUCUCUCCUUUAGAGCCGCGUGAGUGUGUGAACUGUGGGUCCACUGCAACCCCUCUGUGGCGGCGUGAUGGAACGGGACAUUACCUCUGCAAUGCCUGCGGACUGUACCACAAGAUGAACGGACAGAACAGACCCCUCAUCCGGCCAAAAAAGAGACUGGUCAUCAGUAAGCGAACAGGAACUCAGUGUGCGAACUGUCAGACCAGCACCACCACGCUGUGGAGACGCAACGCCAGCGGAGAGCCCGUGUGUAACGCUUGCGGACUCUAUUUCAAGCUUCACAAUGUGAACAGACCGCUGACUAUGAAAAAGGAAGGCAUUCAGACACGUAACCGUAAAGUGUCCAGCAAGAACAGGAAAGGGAAAAGGUUUAGCGCCACAGAGGAGAAUCUGUAUUUUUCAAAGAAUCCUGCGUCUGAUCAGCAUUUCGACUUGUAUUCUCAGAGUCCAGGAGCUCUGGGCGUCUACAGCCACUCUUCCCAUUCACUGCCGCCCACCGCUGCCUUCCACAGCCACACCAGCCUGCCCUACCCAUACCACCCACAAGCUGCCAUCUUACCCAGCGUGGUGUGA